AUGAGAGUUAGAGCUCGGAGUUAUGGAGAGGAAGGGAGAUCAAGUCACAUAGUUGAUGCAAAUUUAAGUGUUCUAAGAGGGAGGAUAGAGGAGAUUGGGGCAAAGGAGAGACUGGAGAGAUGCUACAGAUCAUCAUGCAUGUAUGGGUGGAACUACGCACCUGGGUAUGAUUGCAAACUAAAAAAGGAGAGGGACUUUUAUGAAUAUUUUGAACUUGCUGGUCUGGUUGGUGGGACUAUUGGCAUCACUUGUCUUAGUGGAACUGCUUUCCUUUCUUUAGCUUCCCUUCUAGUUCAUUUGAAUCAAUAG